GGGAAGGCUAAUGUGACUUUCGAACAAUGCAUUAUACAUACAAAGAGCUUUUUGAUGUCCUUCUUUCAAUUUGUUAGCUCGACAAAGAAGUGCAAGGUAGCAUGUCGCUCGCCAACAAAGGCCUGACUAAUCCCUUGUGUCCCUGAGAGAUUGAGACACUGUUUAUUGACACUGCAUUAUUGUCAAGGAAUUCUUUGAAAUGGAACAACCCUGCGUGCUGAUACCAUGCCGACGUACUGUUCUGUCAAUCCUUUCUACCAUUUGGCAACUACUUAUAAUAACUUCUAUACUCCAGGAAUGCUUCUGAGCAUAGUCAACCAUACGUCUGAUUUUUCACGCAAUAAAUAUACAGAAUUGCAGAACCAAUCCAAUCAUGUCAGCAACCAACACCCCCGAAGGGCAAAACGAACGCCUGGACACGACAGAGACAUUAGCCAAUGAAACUCCCAGCGGUUUCGCAAUCUAUCCAUGCAACUACUGUGCCAUGGUCUUGAAUCGAAUCACAACCCAGACACAGGUCCCUUCUCCGGGGACAUCCAAUCCAGAUUGCCCUCUGUGCUCGGGAGCUCUCCCUAGGAAUAUCAUCGUCAAGACCAGCGACUCGCCAUCUCAACUCACCAUUCCCACGAAUGAACUCAUCAAACUCUUUGAACAUCUCGUAGAGUUUGACCGCUGGGAUAUGGAUUUGGUCCUCGCGCUGCUCGAUGAUCCAUGUAUGUCAAAGGAUGAGGAAAAAUUUACGUUAAUGGUAAAAUGGGCUACGCUCGAGGCGGAAAGACCGAAAUCGAGUUCGGCGCUCCAGAUAUGUUCAUUGACCGACUUAUCAACUGCUACUUGCUGGGCGAGUACCUUCAAGCACCUCUUUUCUGCAACAUGGUCAUGUAUGAGAUCAUGGUGUGUUACCAAAUGUUUUUCAAGAAAGAGGAAGCCAUUCCAUUAUGGAACCUUCACCUCGCAUUCAGCGGCAUUCGUGAUAGCGGUCUGUAACGCUUUGUCUCUGACCUGAUGCUCAACAAGUUGUCUGAAAAAACGUUCAGGCUCGCUCUGGACCGUGGAUAUCUCGAUGAGAUCAUGGCACUUCAAUCAAUCACUGCUUCAGCUUUCAGGGACGAAGUGGACCCCCGUUUCAAACCUCCAUGGUUUCGUGCCGAAUGUACCUAUCACGACCAUCCAGCGGGGAUGUUCGAAUCAGCCUGUGAGGACCCUUGCACGGCAGAAGGCUUAUUGGCUUUGCACCAAAUGAGGCUAAAAUGGGAUAAGACA